CUGGCCUCUGCUGUAGAGGAGUCGACUCUUGACGAGAGAGAUGAAGAACAUGGACGCCGCCAAGCAGCAUCGGCUUCGGCCGAGACUCGAUCGCCGGAACGCGAGCAAGAACAUAGACUACGACGCCGAGAAGCACUCCCCUACUCUCCGGACUCGCUCUCUCGACCUCCCUCCUCUCUCCCACAACCAAACCAGCUUCCGCGUCAGAGGCAUCGACGGCGAAUUCGACCUCAUCUGCCGCAGUCUCGGCCUCUCCGGCCCCGAAGACUUCGCCAUCCCAAUCGCCGCUUGGGAGGCCCAGCGCGCCCGCUCCUCCUCCGACUUCACCUCCCGCCCUCGCCUCCGCCAAAACGACGACGUUCCGGAACCUAGGGUUACGACCGCCGUGAAAACUGGCGGCGGAGGAGGAGGAAUUAGGGGUGUUCGGCCCCCGCCGGUUGUGUUGAAAUCUUCUGCUUUUGCUCCUCCGCAUGAUCACAUAAACUCGCCUAUUCCUGCUGAUGACGUCAGCUCGUCGGAGGAAGAGGACCUUGUGGCGAGUGAAGCAAAUGGUGGUGGGAGUGAAGCGGGCGAUGAAGUGAGGUCAGCAGAGGGGAAUGAGCUGCCUGAGUCUGUGUCUUGCAGCUCAUCUCCGUCCAAUAAUGAUAGUGAUGACUAUGGCGUUGGUGUUGGUAUUGCUGUGAGGGUGCCACCAGUCCAUAGUGUGUUUUCUCCUAAUGGGAAGUUCAGACGCAGUGUUUCGUCUUCGUGGCAAAGGGGUCAGCUUUUGGGGAGUGGUUCCUAUGGAACUGUCUAUGAAGGCUUUACUGAUGAUGGAUUCUUUUUUGCUGUAAAGGAGGUUUCUUUACUUGAUCAAGGAAGCCAGGGAAAGCAGAGUCUUUUACAACUUGAGCAGGAGAUUCAUCUUUUAAGUCAGUUUGAACAUGACAACAUUGUUCAAUAUCUCGGUACAGACAAGGAUGAGAGUAAGCUCUAUAUCUUUCUUGAGCUUGUAACAAAAGGAUCACUUGCAAGUCUCUAUUCAAAGUAUCUCUUGAGGGAUUCUCAAGUCUCUAUGUUCACAAGGCAGAUUUUGAGUGGCUUGAAAUAUCUUCAUGAUCGUAAUGUGCUCCACAGGGAUAUCAAAUGUGCUAAUAUAUUGGUGGAUGCAAGUGGAUCUGUGAAACUUGCAGAUUUUGGUUUAGCCAAGGCAACCAAAAUGAAUGAUGUGAAGUCUUGCAAAGGAACUGCCUAUUGGAUGGCCCCAGAGGUUGUUAAUCGAAGGAAUCGUGGCUAUGGGCUUGCAGCUGACAUAUGGAGUCUUGGAUGUGCUGUGUUGGAGAUGUUAACCCGUCAGCCUCCAUACUCUCACCUGGAAGGCAUGCAAGCAUUAUUUCAGAUUGGAAGGGGUGAGCCUCCUGCAAUUCCUGAUUCCUUAUCAAGAGAUGCAAGAGAUUUCAUUUUGGAGUGUUUACAAGUUAACCCAAACAACCGGCCUACAGCAGCCCAGCUCUUGGAGCAUCCAUUCUUGAAAAGGCCUCAAAUUUCUCCAGUCCCUGCUUCUCCCCAUUCCAACAGUUUACGAUCCUGAGAGCUCUCAACCUUUGGUUUUCAUUAGGUAUUAGAUAGAGAAAUACUGAUCCUCCAUGUUCUACACUAGAAGCAAGAACCUGAGACAUACUGGUGGUGGCUGCAGUCUACAUCAAGCCAUAUUAGAACAUAGCAAAGGUGGUUUUGGAAAGGAGAAGUAAUGCUUCCGGUCUUUUUCACAAAGAUGUGAGAAUGACACAGUGCUGUUGGUCCUGCUGUGUUGGCACUGUAUUGAUAUAUUGGACCACAAAAACACUCAUCCAAGAAAAGGAGAUGCAGUUUCAAAGGAAGUAUGAACCUCAAGUUUUAAGUGCUUCUGGAUCACUUCAUUCGGUGAUUGGUCAAUGUGAUUUAUAAUGGAUGCAUGCUGCGGAGACAAUGUUGCAGAAUAUUUACCCCUAUCUGUGCUGAACCUAUGAAAAAUCCCAGUCAUGCCACCAGAUCGAAGUGCCAUUUGGAAUUGAAAUGAAACUUGUAUAUUAUUUGGCUUCAUGUAAAUGAUUAUUGUAGAUGAGUGAUUUCAUGAUCAAUGCUUGCUCAUGAUUUGUAUGUAAUCAUGUAUAUAUUAUCUCGAUGAAAACAUAAUCAAUGCCAUUUGGUUCAAGUGCGUA